AGGGGGAGUGGGGGUUAGUUUGAGAAAAUGAUGUAAGAACAGGAGGGCAAUGAGUCAAACUUUAUCCAAAAGCCAAAAAAAAUACAGAGUUGAAUUGGCCACUCCUUUGCCACUCACUCAUCAUUCCCCAAGGCUCCAAGCUAAAAUCCAAAACAUAUUUUCGCAGUCCCAAAUUCACCAAAAAGAAAAAAAAAUCAGUUGAUUAAUCCUCUGGGUUUCUUAUGCCAUUAAUUUUGAAGAGCAUUUCAGGAGUCUUUUUCUCAGUUGGAUUUUUCUCUGUAAGGCAGGUAAAGUUGGAUUCUUCUACAGCUGAUUUGAGUGUGAAGGCCUCAUUUACUGAGUAGCCAUAAUUUGCUCCCUCCUUCCGGAUUUAGUCGUCCACAAUAAAAUCCGGACUGAAACGAAGAUUUGUCCAAGAUGGAGAUGGAAGAGGUACAGAAGAUUACUGUGAUCAAACCAGUAGCGACAAGGCCGAGCUGUUUUGCCUAUAAGCCAUUCCCUGAACUUCUUUCUGGUGCAAUGAAUGGACCGUCCAACCGUGGGUGCUCCCGGACACCCGCCAUCCGACCUAAGACAAUAAGACUGAAAUCUGCCGGAAUCCAUAACAGUAUUAUUGGAAAGGCUGAGCCAAUGGGCAUCUCAGUUUCCUCUUCUGGUGUCAACAUCUUGAAAUUAGAUGACAUACCAACCAUCAUAUACAAACCCACUGCGAAGCUACCUCCCGCGACAACCGUUCCUCACAACUUUAAUAUGAAAAGUUGCGCGCAUAAUCAGCAAAAAGAAGCAGGAGAUGAGUCAAAAAGAGUCAAAUCAUAUGAACACUCGAGGAUGACAUCAUCAUCACAGAACAAUAUAGAAGGGGAUGAGUGGUCGUUGCUUCAUCAGAGCAGUAGUGUGGACUACCUUUCAAACGACGGAUAUAAUUGGAGGAAAUACGGGCAGAAGCAAGUUAAGGGAAGUGAGUACCCGAGAAGUUACUAUAAGUGUACACAUCCAAAGUGCCCGGUGAAGAAGAAGGUUGAAAGAUUAUUAGUGGAUGAUGAGAUUGCUGAAAUUGUGUACAAUGGGGAGCAUAUCCAUCCUAAGCCUUGCCUUCCAAGUCCAAGGUACAACAGCCUGAGAGAUGGAGUACAACCACAUUCCAAUGAUAGCGUCUUGUGGAGUGAGCAAAUUACUCCUCUACAAAAUGAAGAUAAACUUAGCUCCAAGUUAUCUAGUAGAACUCCUCCACCACUCUUUGGUGCCUUUUCUACUCUGGGAAACUCUUGUGGCCCAAGCGGGAGGUGCGGAGAAGGAAGUCAAGGAUUGUUGGAAGCAGUAGGUGAUGACGAUGAUGAUCUGAAAGGAAAAAGAAGGAAAAGUAGGAGGGAAGCGAAGGAUGGAGGAAUUUUGAUGCAGGCUGGUAUUGGGAAUAUGGCAGAUUCUGAAGCCACGGGAGACGGAUACCGGUGGCGAAAGUAUGGUCAGAAGGUAGUCAAAGGGAACACAUACCCCAGGAGUUACUACAGGUGCACGAAUCCAAAGUGCAGUGUGAGGAAAUACGUAGAGAGAGCGACCGAUGAUCCCAAAUCCUUCAUCACAACGUACGAGGGAAAACACAACCAUGACGCUCCUACCAGAAGAACCCCCAAACCCUGAAACAUCUCCCCAAGACUUAGGAAGCUUUUUGGUGCAUUAAUUAAUUCACAAACGUGUUUUCUUUGUCACAUGUACACCACGGUUUGGAUCAAGGUUUGCACGUACGCUAUUUUUGUUCUCGCAGACACGCUAGCUAUGUUUGUGGGUACAGUGGCGUGUCUGUGUGAACAAAAAUAGAUGUUGAUGUAGGCCUUCAUUUUAACAAUAGGAACAUAUAAUUUUACUCCUAUUGCUGUUAAAUUGUACUUAUGGAAGCCCAUUUUCCUUGAAGUAUACCUCUGCUAGAGACUGUCUUUAAAAUUUAGGAUUCAUUUGGUCCUACAUGUGGGGUUGGAGAGGGUCAUUCAGGAAAUUCACUUCCCAUUCCAUUGGGGUUGUAUUGAG